AUGACGACGCGUUCGGAAAGAGAAAAAGCCCAGAAACUGAAUGAGCAGCAUCAGGCCAUUCUGUCUAAACUGCUGAGAGAGGACUACAACAAGUAUUGUGCUGACUGUGAGGCUAAAGGUCCUCGAUGGGCGUCAUGGAACCUCGGGGUGUUCAUGUGCAUCCGCUGCGCCGGCAUCCACCGCAACCUGGGCGUCCACAUCUCCAGAGUCAAGUCUGUCAAUCUGGACCAAUGGACCUCAGAGCAGAUCCAGAGUAUGGUGGACAUGGGCAACCACAGGGCGAAGCAGCUGUAUGAAGCCCACCUACCAGAGAACUUCAGACGGCCGCAGACCGACCAAGCAGUGGAGGUCUUCAUCCGGGACAAGUACGAGAGGAAAAAGUACUACGACAAGGAGGCUCUGGAUGCUGCUAAAAAGUCAUCUGAAGCUGCCUCUCUGUCCACCUCACCGUCCUCUCAGGCUGACGGGAGCAGACAGGAGAAGGAACGUGAGAAUAAAAAAGAGAAGGACGACAAAGUGGAGAGACCCAACAACACAAAGCAGUCUGAGUGCAGAGCCAGUCCCAAGAAAGGCACAGAGGCAGCUGUGGACCUGCUGGGCCUUGAUGCUCCAGAGGUUGGUGGGAAUGGCUCGGGCGGCGCUGCGCCAAUCAGCGAUGAACUGGACAUCUUUGGGCCAAUGGUGUCCAACCCUCUCCCCUCAUCUAACAACACACAGCAGGCUCAGUCUGGUUCCAGUACAGCACCCCCGCAGCCGGACCCCUCCACUUCCUCCUCCUCUUCCUCCUCUACCUCCACCACCACCACCACGAGGGCGGAGGAGAAGAAGCUUUUAUCUAAAGACUCCAUCCUGUCUCUGUAUGCCAGCAGCUCAGUGGGCAGUCAGCCGCAGAGCCAGCAACAGCCGGCUCCAGGACAAGCAGGUAUGUACAUGGGCCAGCCUCAGAUGCCGUUCGCUCAGCAGGGUUUCGCCCCGGGCAUGGGCGGUGCCGUCCCCCCCACCACCAUGAUGGGCGGAGGGACCAUGGUGUCCGGCAUGGCUAUGCCCAACGGCGGCUACAUGGGCAUGCAGCAGGGCACCAUGCCAGCCAACCAAGGACAGAACAUGUACAACAUGCAGCAAGGACAGCAGCAAGGACAGUGGAACAUGAGCCAGCAGAUGUCAGGUAUGGCUAUGAGUGGGGGAGGGCCGACGGCAGGCACUUUUAGCCAGCCAGGAGCCCCCGCUGCUGGUUGGCCCACCGCUCCAGCAACGGCUUCCGGCCAAACCCUUAGCAACCAGCUGUGGAAGUGA